UUGUUUGUAGGUGCGUGAAGUUUGUAUUAGUUGUUGUUGGUAGCAACCUCAAUGGCAUUUGCCUUGUCUGUACACGCAUUACGGCCAAUUGAGAUCAGCAUCAGUUGGUAGAAAAGACCUAAGAUACUUCAAUUUCAACAGAACAGAAAUUUCAUUCGCUCCAGCAACAGAGGUUGAUCAAGAUGGAGCUGAUUACAGAUAAAGUUGAACAUUUUCAGAAGUUCUAUGCAUGGGCACUAACACGAACAGAUGACCGAGUCAAGGACUGGUUUUUAAUGCAAAGCUACACACCCACACUAGCCAUCACAGCAUUGUACUUGUUUGCAGUAUGGGUUGGGCCAAAAAUAAUGAAAGACAGAGAGCCGUUUAAAUUCAAAUGGACGUUAUUUUUCUACAAUUUUGGUUUAAUUGUGAUGAACUUUCAUAUAUGCUCACAGCUUCUAUGGUAUUCAACAAAGUUAAAUUAUAGUUAUUCUUGUCAGCCGGUCAACUACACCAACGACCAUGGUGAAAUGAAGAUAGCCAGUGCUCUGUGGUGGUUUUACUUCUCCAAGUGUGUGGAGAUGUUGGACACUAUAUUCUUCAUCAUGCGGAAGAAGGACAACCAAGUGAGUUUCCUGCACGUGUACCACCACGCCUCCAUGUUUCCCAUCUGGUGGAUCGGCAUCAAGUGGGUGGCCGGCGGACAGUCCUUCUUCGGUGCCAUGAUCAACUCAUUCAUCCAUGUUGUGAUGUACACAUACUACGGCGUGUCGGCUCUUGGACCAGAGUACCAAAAAUACCUUUGGUGGAAGCGCUACCUGACCAAACUCCAACUGCUCCAAUUCUUUAUCGGAAUGGUGUACGGAAUCCAAGGAUUGUUAAUAGAGUGCGACUUUCCCAAUUGGAUGCAGUAUGCGGGCCUAGUCUAUGGAAUAACAAUUAUCACCCUAUUUAUCAACUUUUACAUCCAAGCAUACCUCAAGAAAAAGCCCACGUCUAAAUCAAAGGGAGGAGAGUCAAAGGCCCAGGUCGCCAAUGGAAAAGUUGCAAAUGGUACUACACGGGGCCACAAGAGGAACGGUAGCGUCGUAACGGCUAAUGGUGUUAUUGAAGCCAAGAAGGACAAAUAGACUAGUCAUUGGUCAAGAAUCUGCAGGUCACUUGUGUGGCUAGCCAGAUCUCUCAUAGAGUGCCACCCAACUCGGAACAACCAUACACCACAUUGUGCUAUGAAAGAAAAGAUUCCUCCAGCAAAUUGUACAUCUGAAUUGGGUAUUGAUUCAACAACUUUCAUGAAUCAUAUAUCUGCAUUAGGUAUCCAUUCAACUUCUUCUCAUAACCUCACUUGUCUUAUGUGAGACACAAUACAAACUUCAGUCUGC